AUGGCAUGCGUUGGGACCAAUCCGCCGUUCCGUGUCCAGGCCGUGUAUUCGUGGGGUGGUGAUGAUCACAACGACCUUGGGUUUCUGGAGGGGGACAUCAUAGAUGUUACAGAUGUAGCAGAGAGCGGUUGGUGGUAUGGUCAGUUACUUAGAAACAAAAUGGCUGGGUAUUUCCCUUCGAAUUACGUCAAGCAAAUAGCUAUGACAGCCUCUUCAUCUAGACACAGUUUGAGCGCUCUGGCGAAGUCACAGUCAAAGCAGAGCUUAUCGUCACUGAAUGGCCAGAGCGUUCCCAGGAGUGCAUCUAGCAGGUUCAUUAAUACAAUGAGUGCAGAGAGUUCCAGAAGAAACUCUGCGAAUCUGAGUUCGCCAAAGUUGGACCAAUCCCCUCAGCGAAGCAGACAAAGCUCACCUGACAAAAGCAGUUAUCAGGGCUUCUCCAGACUUUCCUCGGCCACAUUGUGGCAGUCUAAUGCCAGAACUGCUGAGACGAGUGAAGAGGACGAUGACAUCGCUCCUCCUGCUCCGAAGCAUGUUUAUGGGCUGAAUCACUCCGCGAAAGGAUUGAGUAGCUCUUUCAAGGACAGCAACUACUCCAGUCUGAAAUACUCCACCACAUCAGUUGAAACUGAAAGAUCCUCGUUCUUUGGUCAUUCGGAUUUUAGUGCAACAUCGGCUGCCUCGUUUGCGAGACAUAGGCACUUAGAAAAUCAAAAUCAGCUCCGGGAGUACUCUGAAAAGGGUAUUUCAGACCCCAAGGAGAAGGAGCUGGUUUUCGACAAAUUAUUCAACGACAAGCAAUCGAAGCAUCCAAGAUUCCUCAAGAAGAUCUUCAAAACAGAUGCAAAAGGUCCUACUCUUGAUGAGCAGAUUCAUCUCUCAAGCUCAGUCAAUUCCAAAGCCGCUUCAGAACAACAUCUCCAUCACGAGAAGAGUACGGACGAGCUGCAGGAAUACGUUGAUGUUGAGCUGCAAAGAUGCAAAUCACUUACUUCAACUGACAGGGCAACGAGAGCAAGCAGAGUCAUGAAGCAAGAAAGUUAUCUGGUGCUUCGGCCUCAUAAAAGCAUCACGUACAUCAAUACAAAUGAACAGGUCAAGACAGUAAAGAAUGAUUAUGAACAGCUUGAUCUUAUACCAUUACAUCACGUCGACAAAAUUGUGCGCAAGAUUCCUGUUGAUAAGUUUUCUUCGCCGCAAACCGUUGCAUCUUCGAGAAUAGGCAGUCAGUUUGAUUCGGAGCUGGAACUGCUGAGGGCAGUGUUCGUCUAUUGCACUGAAAGGUUCAAGAUCUUACCUUACAGCGGUAUGGAAAAAAUCAGUUCCAGAAUCGCACCUGAUUUGCCAAAAAUUAUGCAAGAUAAAGAAUGCACUGCUCAUGAGUUGACGUGGAUAUUCCGCAUUAUGGCAGCAACAUUGGGUCUUCAAACUGAAAUCGUCUUGGGAUUCGUAAAGUUCCCCAACGAGAUAGACGAUCUGUAUCAAACCAACUCGUCUUUGGUGCUAAAUCAUUCUUGGCUAGCCGUACUAAUUGGUGCCCAAUGGCGUUUCAUAGAUGUGGCUCUGGCAAAUGCAUCGCAUCCAAUCCACACGAAAUUGUGCAAAAAGGGCCGAAUUGACAGUCCUCAUGAAGGUUUCUACUUUUUGACCAAACCUCUCGAUCUCAUUCAUACGCACGUUCCUUUGCACCCGGACCAACAGCACGUGGUCCCUCCCAUUGAUAGCAUAGUUCAGCUGUGUUUGCCUCCAGCGUAUCCUUCAUUCAUCCAGAACCAAUUGCAAAUGAUCAAAUUUGAUAAUUCUCUCAUGCGUCUGCAGGACUUUGAUGUGGCCGAGAUUGAUAUUGAUCUGCCAACAGAUGUCCAGGUGACGGCUUCCAUAGUCGCUGAGACUGGCGAGACAAAACCUCUGACCCAGAUCUAUUGGAGGAAAAAUCAUCGAAUUGCCAAAAUCAAGGGUUCUCUGCCUCAUAUGUCUUCGCAGGGCACCUUAAACGUGCAUGCUGGGCCAAUUGGAGUCGAUCUUAAUCGAGCCGCAAUGAGCACACUGGCAUUAUCUAUACCGGUUUUUCACAAAGGAAAAUACAACAAGUUUGAUUUUGUCAAAAGAUAUCAAAACAACGAUAUGUUUUCCCAGGAUCUCUAUGUGAAGGAACCGCAGCUAUACAGGCUGCAGCACAGAGGGUCCUAUAGGUUCAUCAUAGCUCAGCAUCCUUCCAAUGGCAUUGAUUCCGCUGCACCUCUCCCAGACGACUCAAUUUGCAUUCAGGCUCCCAGCGGAAGAAAGACAAUGCUGAAUAGACAGUUUACCAGGGAUCAGACGAGUGGUAGCUGGGGCUGCCAAUUUCAAGUCCGAGAGCCUGGUAUUUGGAGAGGCCUAAUUCUGAGUGACGAUGGGAGGAGCUGGUGUGAGUUUGCUGAGUGGGAAUCAAGGUAG